AUGGAGCUUAUCUGUCCCCAAGAAGGUCAACGUACCCUCUGGUGCCAAAUACCAGAAGUUGUUAACAGUGCUGUUCUCAGUACUCUCAGUUCCCAACAGAAGAGGCUACAGGAAGCAAAAUUUGAAAUUAUAACGUCUGAAGCAUCAUACAUGAAUUCCCUGAAUGUUUUGGAGAAGCAUUUUAUGAGUAGUCCUGAGCUAUGUGAUGAGUCAGUACUUUCUAAAAAUGACAGGAGGGUACUGUUUGGGAAUGUUAUGCCAGGAAAAAUUGCUCGGAAAAUUUCUGUCAGAACUGGAGCACUGUUGCAAGAUGAUGUUCUCCUGCAAGGUAUCUGUGACAUUGUCUACAGACAUGCUACAGGGCACUUCAACAUAUACAUUAAAUACUGCUCUAACCAAAUAUAUCUGGAUCGAACUUUGAGAACAUUAAAGGAGCAACAUGGGAAGUUUGCUGAAGCCCUGAAAAAGCUGGAAUCCAGUCCUGGUUGUCAGAUGUUGACGUUACACUCAUUCCUGAUGCUGCCAAUGCAGAGGAUCACACGACUACCCCUUUUGGUGGAUGCCGUGUUGGCCAAACUUGAUGCCCAAGAUUCAGAGUAUCGUUCAUGCGAAAUUGCACUUGCUGCGCUUAAUAAGGUGGUUCACGAGUGUAACGAGGGUGCCCGUCGUAUGGAACGCAUGGAGGAGAUUCUUAUCCUCAGUCGCCAGUUGGAAUUCGGGCGGGAAGUUCGGCCUCUGCCAAUUAUUUCAAGCUCCCGGUGGCUGGUGCGGUCUGGUGAAGUGACUCAGCUAGUGUGGCGUGGAGAUGACAAGCUGACCUUUGGGAAACGACUUGGCAAGAUUCCAUUACAUCUGUUCCUGUUCACAGAUCUUCUCAUUGUCACAAAGAAGAAAAGUGAGGAGACGUACACUGUGCUGGAUUACUGUCCCCGGAACUUAGUGCAGAUGGCAAGUGCAGAGACUGUAUCGCACCUUCCCGUGAAGUACGGAGCUGAUGCAGGCCGCAACUUGAUUUUGCUCACAAUGCUGCAAAACUAUGAGAACAAAAUGACUGAAAUGGUUCUCUCUUGCGGUCUCGAAUCGGACCGCCAGCGGUGGCUGGAAGCUGUAGCUGAGCCGCAGUCGGACAACCCUGACGAGACUGUGUACGAGGAGUGGGACUGUCCCCAGGUCCGAGCUGUCCACGCCUACGCUGCGCGUCAGCCUGACGAACUGUCUCUGGAUGUCGCAGAUGUCGUUAAUGUUUUGCGCAAAGUGGCUGAUGGUUGGUACCAGGGAGAAAGAAUAAGAGAUGGUGAGCGAGGUUGGUUUCCAGCGAAUCAUACUGUGGAAAUAGCUUCAGCACACAUCCGUGCAAAGAAUUUGAAGCAGAGAUAUCGCCUCUUGGCUCUAUCUGCCAACUUCCUUGAGUCACAACGAAAACAAAAAUGACAGGUCUUCCACAGUUGACUGAUAUUUGUGGAGGUAUACUAUAUCAUUGUUGCUUCUGUGGAAAUGCCACACCUCUGUGGAUAUUGUUCAAGAGGAAGAUAAAGUAAUGUGGUGUGUGUGUGUGUGUGUGUGUGUGUGUGUGUGUGUGUGUGUGUGUGUGUCCAUAGAACAUCAGUCUGUUCUUAUUAUUGAGACCCUGUCAGUAUUGUGUACAUUCCGUUCCUGUUGUGCUGUUUUUCAGCAGAGCAAAUGAAGUAAGCUUGAAAACUGAUUGUGCCUUUCACCCUGUCUCAUAUUGCAUUGGAAAUUUUUAUUCUUGGCUCAAGUGGUAGCUUUAUCUUCGUGGAAUUUCUGAAUGUGUGAAAGUCCAGCAUGAUGACUGUGUAACUUUUUUGUAAUUUUUUGUUACCUACAUUACACUAUAUUUACAGGCACAUAGUUUUUGUGGCAUUUUAUUGAUACAAUCAUUUUCUGGUGCAAUAAUUCUUUAAAUAAAAGACUGAAUUUUUAAAGUGAUUAAAAGACAGAAUUAACACAUCCAGUAGUGCUGUGUACAAAAUUCUAAUUUUUCUCUGGAAAUCACGAUAUUAUUUGUGGAGCUUACAGAAGUGAUGCUCUUGGAUUGCAGUGUACUUUUUUUCUUGUGUUUGGAGGGCCUCUUGCAGGCAGAAGACAAGAACUUGACUGUGAUGAUGUAGUAGUCAUAAUUACAUCACAAUGUUCAUUCAGUUUACACUAAACAAGAAAACAUUCUGGUCACACUGCUCACCAUAUUUAUUAUAAGUAAAUUUUAGAAUAUAAAUAUGUAAAAAAGAUCUGUUUUUAUUGCAAAUUGAGUCCAGUUUGUUUAUAUUUUGAAAUGAAUAUGUAUAUUUUAUAAAUAUGUGAAUAAAAUUUAAAGCUGUUUUUGUCAUUA